AUCAGCUCACCAAUGCAAAGUAAGCAUGACUGCUAUCUUCCUGAUGUCCAUGGUUUUUGGCCUUGCAUGUGGGCAGACAAUGUCUUUUUGUAUUCCAACUGAGUACAUGAUGCAUGUCGAAAGGAAAGAGUGUGCUUAUUGCCUCACCAUCAACACCACCAUCUGUGCUGGAUAUUGUAUGACACGGGAUAUCAAUGGCAAGCUGUUUCUUCCCAAAUAUGCUCUGUCCCAGGAUGUUUGUACAUAUAGAGACUUCAUGUACAAGACUGUAGAAAUACCAGGAUGCCCAGACCAUGUUACUCCUUAUUUCUCCUACCCUGUAGCUGUGAGCUGUAAGUGUGGCAAAUGUAAUACUGACUAUAGUGACUGCAUACAUGAAGCCAUCAAGGCAAACUACUGCACCAAACCUCAGAAGUCCUAUGUGGUGGAAUUUUCUAUCUAACUUCAAUAGUGAUGUAAUUUGCAAUUUGGUUAAAUGUGUUCACCUGGAAUACAACUAAUAAAAUAUCAACCUAUUUCACAACA